AUGCUGAUCAUAAGAUUUUUUUUUUUUUUGUUCUCCUCAACAAUAGUAUGCUCCUCUGAUGUGGAUGUUUUUCAGGAGGAUAAUGUAAAAAUAGUUCGAGCUGGAGAGGAUGUGAACCUUACUUGCACAUUUUCAAAUGUUCUGCAAGCGACAAAAGCAUGGUUUAAACAGACGGCUGAUGGAAAAUCCUUACAAAUUGUCUCUUUAUUUUUAAAUCAACCACCCAGUUGGAAUGAGGACUUUGAGAAAACAAAUCGUUUUUAUGUUAUUAAAGGAGAUGAUCAUUUUAAUCUGACCAUUUUAAAGAUAAAGCUUUCAGACACAGCAACAUAUUUCUGUGUAGUCUCGUCAUAUCACAUCAUUAGAAUGGGUGCAGGAUCCAGAUUACUUGUCAGAGCCAUAGGUAGAAACACAACUCUUCAGCAGCCUUUGAUAGACACGCUUCAUCCAGGGGAUUCUGUGAGUUUGCAGUGCAGCAUCUUCACUGAGAGCUGUGCAGGAGAACACAGUGUCUACUGGUUCAGGCAAAGCUCAGGAGAAUCUCAAGGAGUGCUUUACACAAAAGGAGAGAGAAAUGGUCAGUGUGAGAACAGCACAGAGUUUCAAACACAGAGCUGUGUCUACAACCUCUUCAAGAGCAACAUAAAUCACUCUGAUUCUGGGAUUUACUACUGUGCUGUGGCCGCAUGUGGAGAGAUACUGUUUGGAAAAGGAACUGAACUAAAUUUUAGAGAGAGUGUCGAUGUGAAUCCAGCCCUGCUUGUUCUUGGAGUUUUAAACAUCAUAUUUUUGACUGCUGUUUUUCUGGCCAUAAAACUAUGUCAGGAUCCAAAUAAAAAGUGA